GAAGGAUGCCAAAAAGAGGAAUCUUCAAUGAUGUGCUGGAAAGCGGUGCAGCUCGUCUGAUCUUCCAGAAGGACGAAGGGAUUCUGAUGGUAUUGAUUGAAGCGCAACUGGAACUUGACGCCCUACUUGAAGCAAACAAGGACGAUGAUCUUGCUAGGAUGUACCUAUAA